AUGUCUUCAACCGAGCACCUAAAGACAGAGACAGACAUAGACUCGUUCGCUAUUGCCCAAGAUUCGGGGGCAACCACUUCUCCAACUCAACUGCAAUCCACAGAAUCUUCAAUCACAUCACCCAUCAAUACUGUUGUCGCUGACGCAAGUGCACCUACCUCUGCUCUCCCACCUCUAUCUGGAGACGCAGCGAAUCAAAGCGCGACCGCAUCCGAAACCGCAGCCGCAACGACCGCAAACGGUGGCGAAAGCGUCGCCCCCGUGACAACAACUGGCACUCAAACUCCUAGCGAAACAACCGCUGGUAUUACACCAGUCGCACAAACUCAAACAGAAUCCACUUCAAUGCAUACCGAGGAGCCGAAGUUGGCUGGGUCUCUGGCUAAGCCCGACGACACCUCGAAGGAGGUCGAAACCGAGGCCGACGCCGAGGAUACGGGACCUUCGUUAGUUAUUACGCUACUGUUGACUACUGGAUCGCGACACCCAUUCACUAUCGAUGGGAAAUACUUGCGUAAGCGUAAUGUUAACGUUGAGAAUCAUGAUCCGUUCGCGAUGAGCGUUUAUACUCUUAAGGAGUUGAUUUGGCGCGAGUGGCGAGAUGACUGGGAACCCCGUCCGUCCUCUCCUAGCUCGAUUCGUUUGAUCUCUUUUGGGAAAUUGCUGGUUGAUAAGUCCCCUUUGUCUGAAUCGAAAUUCAACCACGAUGCUCCCAAUGUCUUACAUAUGACUGUCAAGCCACAAGAAAUCGUCGACGAGGAAGAUGCCAAGGGUGCCAAGGCGCAGUACAACCGUGAAAACGAGACCAGCGAGCGCAGUCCUGGAUGUCGCUGUGUUAUACUAUGA